CCAGUACUCUACAGCUUAUUAAUCGCCUAUAAAUAAAUAGUAGACUCGAUCCCCCCUCCCGUCGUUAAGUUGCAUUGCUUGCUUCGUCGCAUAAGUCGUAAUAGCCAUCCAGAAGCCAACGAAUCUUUCAUAGCAGACAUGAAGAGGAGCAGAGUAGAAGGUGAGAUUGAUAGCAUCACCAUGGCCAAUUGUUUGAUGCUGCUCUCCCGUGGAGCGGAGAACGACUCCAUGGCUUACUUUCCCAGUCGUGUCUUCGAGUGUAAGACCUGCAACCGCCAGUUCCCGUCGUUCCAAGCACUGGGAGGCCAUCGAGCGAGUCACAAGAAACCCAGAUUGAUGAUGACGGGAGAAGACACAGCAGAUCAUCAGGCACAGUUGCAGAGCUUACAGAUGAAGCCCAAGACGCAUGAGUGCUCCGUAUGCGGCCUGGAGUUUGCCAUCGGUCAGGCCUUGGGUGGGCACAUGAGGAGGCAUAGAGCCGGUUUGAGCGAAGGUUUAUCGCUGCCUCCUCCACCGCCAGUGCCGGUUUUGAAGAGAUCCAGCAGUAGCAGGAGGGUUUUGUGUUUGGAUUUGAACUUGACUCCUUUGGAGAAUGAUCUGGACUUACAGCUCGGGAGAAAGAUUCCUCCUGUGGUCGAUUGUCUUAUCUGAUCCCACACCUUCUUCUAGCUAGCUAUUUCCACCAUUUCUCCUGCUCUCUCGUGUAUUUAGAAUUUUGGGGAUUCUUUUUACCUUUUUAUACAUGUAUAAUCUAUAUGUAAUUAAUUAGGGUUAGGAUAUAGGACAUUAAUAGGGUUUUUAGACGCAGUUCUACAUUUUGUAAAACCUGGGACGAGGUGAUCAGUCCCUUCCGUGAUCGUUCUAGGACAUAUACCACACCAUUUAUUCCAUGAAUAAAUUCUAUUUUAUCUGUUUUGUUUCA